AUGGCCGAUGCUCUGAAGGCCGAGGGCAACAAGGCCUUCGCGGCCAAAGACUUCAAGACUGCUGUUGACAAGUUCUCCCAAGCUAUUGAACUAGAUCCCACGAACCAUGUCCUUUACUCCAACCGCUCCGGUGCAUAUGCUUCCCUCAAAGAGUACCAGAAAGCCCUUGACGAUGCGACCAAGACCACAGAACUCAAGCCCGACUGGGCAAAAGGCUGGGGUCGGAAAGGAGCUGCCCAACAUGGUCUUGGUGAUCUUGUCGGUGCAAAGGAUGCUUUCGAAGAAGCCUUGAAGCUCGAACCGUCAAACACCCAGGCCCGGCAAGGCCUUGAUGCUGUCAACAGAGCCAUUGAAGCAGAAGCACGUGCGGACGGUGCUGAUCUGGGUGGUCUAGGAAACAUGUUCAAUGACCCUCAGCUCAUCCAGAAGCUCGCAAGCAACCCAAAGACGUCGAAAUACCUUGCAGAUCCUCAGUUCAUGGCUAAGUUGCAGCGACUAGCCAAGAACCCUCAAGAGAUGGGCCAGGAACUCGCCGAUCCAAGAUUUCUCGAGGUCAUGGGUGUGCUGCUGGGUGUCGAUAUGCAGAUGGGAAUGCCGCCGGAAGGUGGCCCCUCUGGUGCGCAGAGAGCCACAGAAGAAGAGGAAGAUGUCCCCAUGCCAGAUGCUCGACCGCAAUCUAAUCCCCCGCCGUACGCCGAGAAAAAGGCACCCGAACCUGAGCCUGAACCUGAGCCCGAGCCGGAAGACGAAGAGGCCAUCGCGGCAAAGAAGGCCAAGGAAGAAGCCGAGAACGAAAAGAAACUUGGGACAGAAAAUUACAAGAAGCGAAAAUUCGACGAAGCCAUCGAACACUACUCCAAAGCCUGGGACCUUCACAAGGAUAUCACGUACCUGACCAACCUCGGCGCCGCCAAAUUCGAAAAGGGCGACUAUCAAGGGUGCAUUGAGGCUUGUGAGAAGGCCGUUGAGGAAGGCCGCGCCAUGCUCGCUGACUUCAAGAUCAUCGCCAAAGCCUUCGGGCGCAUCGGGUCUGCUUAUGAGAAGAUGGGAGACUUACCGAAGGCCCUGGUCAAUUAUCAGAAGUCUCUCACCGAACACCGCACGCCGGACAUCUUGGCCAAAUUCAAGGCCGCCGAGAAAGCUCAGAUCAAAGCCGAAAAGGACGCAUAUAUCGACCCAGAAAAGGCGGAGGAAGCCCGCCUGUUGGGAGCCGAAAAGUUCAAAAACGGGGACUGGCCAGGCGCCGUCGAAGCCUACACCGAACUCACCAAGCGAGCGCCCGACGACCCGCGAGGCUACUCCAACCGGGCGGCCGCACUGAUCAAGCUCCUUGCCUUCCCGACCGCCAUCCAAGACUGCGAGGAGGCCUUGAAGCGCGACCCCAAAUUCAUAAAAGCAUAUCUCCGCAAAGCACAAGCAUUGUUCGGCAUGAAGGAGUACAACAAAUGCCUGGACGUGUGUACGGAGGCCAUGGAGCAUGAUGAAGGUGGUAAGAACGCCAGAGAAAUCGAGCAGCAGCAGGCCAAGGCCCUGGAAGCAAUGUACGCUGCUCGCCAGGGGGAGACGGAAGAAGAGACGAGUGCACGCAUCCAGAAAGAUCCCGAAAUAAUGCAAAUCCUCUCCGACCCAGUCAUGCAAUCCAUCUUGCAACAAGCCAAGUCCGACCCGGCGGCACUAAACGAACACAUGAAGAACCCUGGGAUCCGGUCCAAGAUCCAAAAAUUGAUUGCCGCGGGUGUUAUCCGCGUGGGACGAUAG